CAAGACUGGCGGGAAGUCUGAACUGCUGCGGGCUUUAGACCGGCCACGGCGCAGACCCACGCGGGGCGCCGGGACCACGCAGGUGCCAAAGAGGACCCUGCUAAAGAGGUCCUGGCUCCCGGUGGGACCGUGUGCCUAGAGCUUGCUCCACUGCGGACUUGCAUUUCCCGCCUUAGAAGCCGUCCAUGGACUGGAACCCCGCUGAUGGCACUGGCCCAGUGCACGUGCCUUUGGGGCACGUUGUGGCUAAUGAGAAAUGGCGCGGGUCACAGUUGGCUCAGGAGAUGCAAGGAAAGAUUAAACUCAUCUUUGAGGAUGGUGCGACACUGGCAGAUUUUUACCUAUCCAGCAGAUCUUGCAUUCUUUAUAUUACUGAAGCUGAUUUGGUGGCCGGAAAUAGCUACAGAAAGAGGCUGGUUCGUGUUAGAAAUUCCAGUACUCUUCAAGGCAUUGUAGUUGUUGAAAAAACAGGAAUGAGUGAACAAUACUUCCCAGCGGUCCAGAAGUUUACUGUGCUAGACCUGGGGAUGGUGUUGCUUCCAGUGGCCAGCCAGAGGGAAGCAUCCUGCCUCAUUGUCCAGUUGGUUCAAGAGCAAGCCAGAGAGCCCAGCAGGAACCCCUUCCUCAGGAAGAGGCGCUCUGUGCUCUCUGAGGCGUCCCUGGUCCGAACUGUGCAGCAGAUCCCGGGGGUUGGAAGGGUUAAAGCUCCCCUUCUGCUUCAGAGGUUUUCAAGCAUCCAGCGACUGAGUAACGCGUCCACUCAAGAACUCGAGCCAGUGGUUGGACAAGCGGCCGCACAGCACAUCCAUGCCUUCUUCACCCAACUCAGGUGACAACUGGCCUCACAUCCACGACUCUUCCUUCAGGCCACAAACUACAGGAUCUUGUUUUCAUGUGUACAAAGCUAGAAGGGGCUGGGAGAUGGCUCAGGGGAUAAACCUCAUGCUGUACAGGGUAAAGACCAGAGUUUGGGCCCCCAGAACCCAUGUAAAUACCAAAUGCACACGAGGGAUUCCCCAGACGAGCUGGCUGGCUAGACUAGCCCAAUGCAUCAUGAGCUUGGGUUCAAGUGAGAGACCUACCUCAGUAAAUAAUGUGGAGAGUAAUUGAGGAAGACACGUGAUACCAGCCUCUGGUCUAACACCUCCCCCCCCCCAACAUAUCUACCUACAAACACAAAG